AUGGCUAGUAGUUCGGCAUCAAAAAGUACUCCGUGUGAUUCCCAGACAUCCAUCGAAGCCGAGAAUGAUUCCCAAGUAUUUAAAAGAAAAUCGGAUGACAUAGGUUGGAACUAUGGUGUUCUAGCCGAUCCAUAUAACAGAGAUAGAGUGAAAUGCGUGUUAUGUAGUAAAUUUAUGUCGGGUGGUAUACAUAGAUUGAAAGAGCAUAUUGGUCAAAUUUCCGGGAAUGUUGUGUCAUGUAAAAAAGCAACAAAAGAAGAUCAAGCUAAAUGUAGAAAUGCCAUCAAUGAGUCCAAAGCCAAGAAGAUGAAGACAAAAGAAGUCCAAGAAGAGUUGUUAUCUUCGGUUAACAUUAAAGGGUUGAAUGUUGGGUCCUCUCAACAACGCGAAAAAGCAAAAGAAUCUCACUCUCCUGGCCCAAUGGAUAGAUUUGCUACAACAAUCAACCCGGAAGCAUCAUUGAACGUGGCAAAGAUGAUGCGGGAACAAAACAUUAAUGAUGUUAUUUGGAAAGAACGAUCUAACUUGGUGAAAGAUUAUUUCAUCGAUUGGGCUUAUGAUGCGGGCAUAUCAUUCAAUGCACUUGAGCUUGAUAGCUUUCGGCUCUUUAGCGAAGCGCUCGGUCAAUUUGGGCCGAGGUGGAAGCCUCCUAGUUCGUACGAGAUGAGAGAGCCAUUGUUGAAGAAAGCGGUUGAGAGAACAAAACUCAAGCGCAAAUGGAGGAAAGAAAAGGAUGUGUUACUUGCUAAUGAGGCAAGUAAAGCUCAAGAGUGGAUUAUUCCGGGAUUAGAAGAUGAGGGCGAUGAGGAUGUCAAUGGACUUGAAGUUGAGGAUGACACAUCAAGAGUGAGAGAGCUUGAGGAAGAAGAUUUUGAAUCCGAGGAGGAGGAACAAGUUAAUGAGAAUGACAUUGACUUUGAGUCGGACGAAGAGCGUGUAUUGGAGAAUUAUGGAGAAGAAGAAGAAGAUCCUCUUGUGCUUGGCUAUAUUUCUUAG